CAAUACCCUUCUUCUUCCAUCUUACCGUUGCAAAAGUUGCACACAUAUCCUCCUGCCUACGAUCCCCUAGAUCAAACCGACUUGCACAAGAAAUACGAACGAAGCCUUCAUCAAAAUGGCUACCGCCACUAUGACCGCAGUCUCGGUCUCGAAACCCCCGUCUCCCCACCUGGGCAAUUUCCGCGAGAUCUUCGACGCCUUCCUGAAGCUCCAGACCGACCCUGAGUUCAAAUUUGAGCUCGAGAGAAAGCUAUCUGCCGAGGAAAAGGCUAAAGAAAAGGCCAAGAUCAAGGGCCUGGUGAAGAACGAGCUCCUGCAGACUCCCGGAAGUCGAGUCAAGGGUCGCCGCUCUCCACGCAUGACUGAAGCUUGCCGCCUCCUCCAUGAUGGUGCGAUUGACGAGUUCGUUCCGAACCCGCCCCAGGCUUCUGCUGAUGCGGCCGACGCGGGCAAUAACGUGACUCUGGCCCAAGCCCGAGGUGCCACCUUGUCUCCAAUCGACAUUGGCAAAGCUGUCGUGUUUGAUUCUCCCAGCAAUGGCAGCGUCUCGACCCUGAACUCGGUCUUCCUCGGCAGCCUUCACUACUCGACGACCGCCACUACGCCUCCCGGCUCUGCCGACAAGACGGGCACGGCAACCCCCACCAACAUUAUUUUCGACACGAGUACUUCUUCCGUCGGCAUCCCCAAUGACAAUGGUGCGGCCCUCCCGGCUCCCAGCACCGGCACCGGCUCCCACCCCGGUUACAAUGUGGCCGGGGUCGACAACGGCAACUACGUCGCGACUUCCCGAGUUGUGGCCAGCAACUAUGGUGCUGCGCCCUCGCCAAGAUCUGAAAAUCCCUUCUACUUUCCGCUGGUGCCCUGGUCGACUCUCCGCUUCCGCGUUGACUUGCUCAAGACGCAGCCAUACAAGGACGUCAAGUUGUACGCAAUUCUCAACCGGGACAACCAGGAAGGCGUCGUUCCGCACUACAUGGCGAGCAAAGAGGAUAAGACGAAGGUGAUGAAGUACAAGCUUGCCCCUACCCUCGAGGCGGACCAAGCGUUGAAGGAGAGACUGCCUGCCGCAUCGAAGCCCAUCCAUGUCUUCGUCGAUCUGUCCAACAUCACGAUUGGUUUCUACGACUGCCUGAAGUUGAAGCACGGUAUUCCAGUCACCAGGAAGAUGAAGGCCCCUCCGUUCUCGUUUGAGCAUCUUUCUCUCUUGCUCGAGCGCGGCCGCCCGGCCGAGAAGAAGAUUGUUGCCGGUUCUCUGAUCAAUACCUACAAUCGCAGGUGGCCCGAGUACAUGCAGGAGGCCAAGGAGCUUGGCUACGAGAUGAACAUCCUCCAGCGAGUCCCGAAAGCCACCCCGUCGCCCACCGAAAGGAAGACGAGGCGUGGUGGCAACGGCGAAACUGGGUGGACCACGUCUGGUGCUGAGUCGUCCGGCGAGGAAGUCUUUAUCGGCCAGCUGAAGCAGGGCGAGCAAGGUGUCGACGAGCUUCUGCACUUGAAGAUGUUGCAGAGUGCCCUCGACUCCGAGCCUGGCACCGUUGUACUUGCUACUGGAGACGCGGCUGAGGCCGAGUAUUCCGACGGUUUCAAGAAGAACGUGGAGCGCCUGCUCCAGAACGGCUGGAAUGUCGAGAUCGUUGGCUGGUCCAAGGGCAUUUCCUCGGCCUGGCGGGACCCGACUUUCGUCAAGACCUGGGGCGACCGCGUUCGGCUCGUCGAGCUCGACCUGUUCACCGAGGAACUUUUCGCCGCCUGGUUUGGAGCUCCAGGAUACUGACUCCGCGCUUGACACCAUGGUGGUUUGCAUCGAGCAUGAUCAGAAACGGUCACCGCGCGACAGCAUCGAAUCCUCUACCAACAGCCCACGUCUGCCUGCAGCAGUU